CUGCUCUUCAAACCCGCACGACGGCACCAUACACAUACAUAUGCUGCAGUGCACCGUAUUCAAUCCUCUACAGUCCCAGCCAAUUUCCUAUCCGGCCAUCUCAUCCCAUCCAUCCACACACCACAAGGCCCUAUCACCAAUCAGCUCUCCCCCUCAGUCUCAUCUUGCUCUGCCUCAUCUGACCCACCCUCACUGCAACCAACCGAGCUGGCCGGCCCACCAUCCCCGACACUCACUGCCGCAGACCUCUCAAACACACGGCCGGAGGCCGCAGACGACACCUCCUGCACAGCAGCAGACUCGGCAGACACAACCGAUGUCUCUGCCGUCUCCUCUGUUGACUUGACGUCUUGAUUCAGGCGCUCCUUCAUCUCUGCCAGCCACUUCGGCAGGGGCGCGGCGAGAGCAGCCGCCCGCACCUUCUCGGGUUGCUCUCUCUUUUCUGGGUGGGGACGAAGCACGGAGAGGCUCUUGUUGCGUCGCAGGGGUCGCUCCACCGGCCGAUGUGCUUGCAGUAUGUCAUGCCAAGUGUCCUUGGGCAAGCCCCAGGUAGAAAGGGAGUCGACCCGCGUGAAGUAGCCCUUCAGUGCCCUGUCGUAUUGGAUGUGAUCUGGGUCUUCUGAGAGCAGGUAGCGGCGCUUCUCCUGCAUUGCCGGCCAUUUGUGCGACUUGAUGAAGCCCUUGGCCAGAACCGGAUUGACGUACCCCCACAGCUUCGAGACAUUUCGUCGGCACUUGGCGAAGAUCCCCUUCCAUGUCUCAAGUGGCGAGCCGUCGACUGUCGAAAGGAUCCUUGUGUUUAAGUUGCAGCUGAUGGCGGCAUUCUUCUUUCUUGUGUCGCCAACCGCUGUUGACUUGUUGCCCUCACUCUUGGCAGCAAAGGGCGCGAUGGACGCGCGGCAGUGGGGCAGAGCUGGCGGGAGAUUCACCGACCACUUGAGCGUCACGGGCAACGACAUUUCGGCAAGUAGGCUGUGGCUGGUGAAUGCAGGGGUGCACAGGAGCUUCAUGGGCUCCUCCAGUGGGCAGAGGUCGAAGAGACGUCGGCUGUGUUCCACGCCGACGACGGGAUCCCGUGUCUCAUGGUGGAUCAGCAGCGGGCACCGCACAAACUUGACGAGGUAGUCGUUCCGCAUCAGGGGGCGGAGGUCGAUGCCGCUGCCCUUGACCAUCAUGCGCGUGAUGGAGCCGAUGAUGGCUUUGGAGUAGAUGUCGGCCGCGAUGGCUUCGAUGGACGAAAAGGGCGACAGCAAGAUGAGCCCGGCAGGGUCUGUGCCAUACUGCAGCUGACAGAAGUGAUUGGCAACCAGCGCUGCGCUGCAGCCGAUUGACGCGCCUGCGGGAGACAUGUAUCAAGCUUCGCAAAUCGGCGUGUGUCCUUCAUGCAUUCGUCGUCUGGCUACCGAUGAGAAUAAGGUUCUCGACGGGCCUCUUCAGCUCCUCCACCAUGAAAGUCACAAUCCGUUUGGCGCGUGCCUCGAAUUCUUCCACAGUCGACACGUUAGUGGACUGCUCAUCACGGUAGCCCGGAUACUCGCAUAUGAACAAAUCCAUUCGCAACACCUGAAGGCAAGAAAAAGAGAAAGGCACCGAGCCGAGACACCACAGUACAUGAGUCAAUCAGCCGGGUGAGUGUCGCCCAUUGCUGUACGGACGUCCAUCAGCAGUCGCAUCCCCUGGCAGGCACACAUUGAGACACACACACACACACACACACACAGAGGCAUUCGUUCAUUCAUGAGAAGCGGCCCUUUUCCCGCAGGCACACAGUGUCACACCGGCCUCGCAAGAGAGUCUCGCAUGUCCUGCACACACGCACACACAACCACACAGACAACCACACACACAACCACACACGAGGCGUCGUGCAUUCACUUGCCCCAGCAAAGCAACAGCGUCUUCCCCCUUCUCCUCCUCGACGCACCUCGGCAUUGGCAUGGAAGAACACGCCGACGUGCCCCCCAAAGGCCCCUCCAUUCGGCAAACAAAACACGGGAAACCGCUUCACCUCCCCUUGAUCCUUCUUGUCGCUUUUGUCGGCAGACUCAGCCUGGGGCUCGUCCACAGCCGGCCACGCAAUGUAGUUGCUGAAUGUGUCCUCGAAGCUGGGAUCCUCAACGAGAUCCGCCUUCACAAAAAGAGAAGGCAGAAGCAAGAGAAGACGGUCAAAGGUGCGUCGGAGGUGUAUUUGUGUUCCUUUCUACCGAGCCUGGAAACAAGAGGGCUCGCAAGAGAGUCGAACAGAAGGACUGGAGGCGUGUUUGAGGUGGCAUUUUCUUCGACGGC